AUCAUUCCUAACAUGCUACGUGUUAUAUGGUUGGAAGGAGCCACCAUCUCUAUCACAGGUUGUAUAGCUCAGUCUUAUCUUUAUGUUGCAUUUGCGUGUUCAGAAUGUCACCUCCUUGCUGUCAUGUCUUAUGAUCGAUACCUGGCCAUAUGUAACCCUCUACGGUAUAGCACCAUCAUGAACAUCAGACUACAACGUUCCCUCGUUAUCUAUUGCUGGGUGUUUGGCUUUCUGGUUACACAGAUUACUAUUCAUUUUCUGUUUCAACUUCAGUUCUGUGGAUCCAAUGUCAUUGACCAUUUUUUCUGUGACCUUGGGCCUUUCAUUGAACUUUCCUGCUCUUCCACUUACGCACUACAGUUAGACAUUUUUAUUUUUUCUGUCCUUGUAAUUGUCAUUCCUUUUAUCUUAGUUGUCAUUAGUUACAUCUGUGUAUUUACAACUAUUCUUGGGAUAACCUCUAAAACAGGUAAGAAGAAAACCUUCUCCACGUGCAGCUCCCAUCUCUCCGUUGUGACCAUGUACUAUGGAACCUUGAUAACUAUUUACCUGGUUCCAGCUUCUGGAGACUCACUGACCAUGAACAAGGUGAUUGCCCUUUUGUACAUUGUUGUGACACCAUUGUUUAACCCAAUUAUUUACAGCUUGAAAAACCAAGAAAUGAGAGCUAUCAUGGGGAAAUUACUCAGCAUUAAGUGA